CUUGUAUUUGUUCUUGUACAUGUAAAUUUAAUUUCAGCUUCCUCUCUGCAGAACUAUGUAGCCAAGCAUAUGAAUUAUUGGAUUAUUUUUGUGUCAGUGCCAUUAUUUGUGACUUCAAAAUCUUAAAACAAAUCGAUGGAGUAUGCUAUUUACUUUGUUCACUGUCAUAACUGGAAUAGACGGAAUAUUUCAUUUUAAAUUUCCUUGCCUUGAACUAAUGGCCUGCUAUUUAUUUUCGAGUUAAACAGGCCUCGGAGUUGGUCUACUGCUUUGGGUUUUUGCUCAGAUUCUUAGACAUGUCUUCUCGAAUUUGUGUGAAGAAUUUGCCGCGUUAUCUGACGGAGGAGCGGCUGAGAGAACAUUUCUCUCAAGUUGGAGAAGUCACCGAUGCCAAAAUAAUGCGAACCCAGGAGGGGAAGAGCCGGCAGUUUGGGUUUAUUGGAUAUAGAACUGAGAAAGAAGCAGAGGCUGCUGUGAAGUACUUUAAAGAUACUUACCUCGACACAUAUAAAUUGAUUUGCGAGGUUGCAUAUAAAAUUGGUGAUUCAAACGUUCCACGUCCCUGGAGUCGGUAUUCCCAGCAAAAGCAGGAAAAUGUCAAGAAAGAUGUCAAGGAAGAUGUCAAGGACAGGGAUUCUGGUUCUCUGAAAUCAAGCAAAAAGGAAACUCUCAAGCAAAUACAAAAAACUUCAACUACUGAUAAGGAUGAUCCUCUUCUUGAAGAGUUUCUUCAGGUUAUGCAGCCAAGGAAUAAGACAAAGUUGUGGGCAAAUGAUACCAUUUUGGGCCCCAAAAAUGGUUAUGAUCAUAAGCCUGGCCACGUUGAUGGUCAGAUAGGGGAGAGGAAGAAAAAGAUAGAUGUUGAGAUGGUAGAGGGGGUUUUGAGGAAAGUACCAGUUGGGAAAGGAAAAAGUACAGAAAAGCUAAAAAGGGUGCAUGUGAGGUUUGAUGAUGAGAGCGAUGAAGAUACUGAAGGAGAGGAUUUUUUGGAAAAUGAAAAUAUUAUUGUUGAUUCAGUUGAUGAAGCUAAUAAAACUCCAGACAUUAGCCAGUCCAAUAAUUUAGCCAAAGAUGAGACUGUAUCAGAUAUGGAGUACUUUAAGAGCAGAGUUAAGCAUUCAUGGGAUGAUGAAGACAAUAGUGGUGAAGAACAUUCUGCAGAAGAAAUGGAUCAUGAGAGUUGUGAAGAGGGUUCAUCAGAUGAAGAUGAGGACAAUGGUGGAUCUAUUAAUGAAGAAUUAUUUAUUGAUGUUCCUGAUUCCAAGCAUCCACAAGAUCAGUGUGUGCCAGGUGUCCAAUUAAAAGACUUAAAGACAGAUAACAAUAAUAUUUCCAGUGAAUUGAAAGUCACUGACACAAAUCAAAAUAUGGAUGGUAAUGAGAUUGAUCAGAAUGGGGCAUCCUCUGCAGAAGGUCCAGAUGAAUCAGAGAGUGCAGUUGAAACAGGACGUCUCUUCAUUAGGAACUUACCAUUCACUACAAGUGAAGAUGACCUGUUUGAGUUAUUUAGCAAGUAUGGUGAGAUUUCACAAGUACAUCUUGUGCUUGACAGACUGACAAAGCAAUCAAAAGGUUAUGCUUAUGUGCUUUACAUGCUUCCGGAAUCUGCUUUGAGGGCCCUUGAAAAUCUAGACAAGUCAAUAUUUCAAGGACGAUUGCUGCAUGUUAUGCCUGCAAGGAAGCCACCGCCUGCCCCAGAAAAAACACUAACCCAUGGCACUGAAGCACGGGGAACAAACACUUUCAAACAACAGAGAGAAGAACAAAGGAAGUUAUCAGAAGCAAGUGGUGAUACACGAGCAUGGAAUUCUUUGUUCAUGCAUCCUGAUACGAUAGCAGAGAAUGUUGCAAGGAAGUAUGGAGUUAGCAAGAGUGAGCUGCUAAAUCCAGAAGCUGAUGAUCUUGCUGUACGAAUGGCCUUGGGAGAAACUCAUAUAAUUGCUGAGACAAAAAAAGUUUUAAGUGAUGAAGGAGUAAAUGUGGAUAUUUUAGAAGGACUUGCUUUGGGAAAAUUGGAUAAAGUGAAGAGAAGCAGUCACAUUCUAAUCAUAAAGAACUUGCCUUUCAGUACGUCUGAAUUAGAUUUGGUGACAAUGUUUGGAAGGUUUGGAAGUUUGGAAAGAGUGAUUCUUCCACCAACAAAAACAUUAGCAUUGGCUGUUUAUCUUGAAGCAGCAGAAGCUCGGGCAGCAUUUAAAGGCUUGGCAUACAAACGCUACAAGCAUGUCCCUUUAUAUUUAGAAUGGGCUCCAGAAAAUAUUCUCAGCUCAAAGCCAAGGACAUCUAGUGAACUGCAGAAAGCUCCAGCAGUUGGUGUAUCUGAAGACAAGAAAACUAAUGUGGAGCAACAACGUAUUGGUAUACCGAAUGAAGAUAUUGAGUUUGAUGGAGAAGAGGUGUCUAGAUCUAUUUUUGUUAAAAAUCUCAACUUCAAAACUACAACAGUAGCCUUGCAAAACCACUUUGAGCAGCAUUUAAAGGAAGGAGAACUACGAAAAGUGACGAUGAAAGGUGAUCCUCCCAAGAAAGAGAACAUGGGGUUUUGUUUUAUUGAAUUUGACACUGCUGAAACAGCAAGAAAUGUUUGCAAGCUGUUGCAGGGAACUGUACUUGAUGGACAUGCCCUUUCUCUUCAAAUUAGCCACCAUAAAAAAGAAGCAAAAACAAUGCAGCAAAAGAAUCUGGAUAAGAACAAGAGUUCAACAAAAAUUAUUGUCAGAAAUGUUGCUUUUGAAGCAACAAAGAAAGAUUUGAGACAACUCUUCAGUCCCUUUGGGCAGAUUAAAAAUUUACGGCUGCCUAAAAAGGUUGAUGGAAGUCACAGGGGAUUUGCAUUUAUUGAAUUCAUCACAAAACAGGAGGCAGAGAAUGCAUUCAAUGCACUCUCCAGUUCACAUUUGUAUGGCCGUCACUUGGUAUUGGAGCAAGCACGAGAAGAUGAGUCUCUUAGUGAACUGAGAGCUCGGGUCGCAUCACAAUUUGUUGACGACAAUGACAUCGCUAAUAGUGGGCGGUCUUCCAAACGGAGGAAAGGAAUUGAAUAAGUGGGAGUGAAAUUAUGCUAAACUACAAAUUGUGCUAUAUGCGGCUUGUCCAUGGGAGAUUUGAGGAUACUUUUGUUAAGAAAGAAUUAAUCUUUUUGUAUUUUCGUUGACUGCAAAAACUUGCUAAUGUAUUUUCAUGUAGUCAAUGGAUGAUUCAGAAAGCACAUCGUUGCAUCAGAAUAUGCAGAAUUUUUUUUCGCAUGUUGUUUAAGAUAGUCUGUAAAUGUUUCUUGUAUGCAUUUUGUAAUUUUGAAUGUUAAGUCAGUUUGAAGUCCAUAUAGAUUGCCCACUUUUAUUUAUUUUUAAAUCGGAAGACUUGAGAUGCACUCUGA